CAGUUUAUUUUGUUCUACGCAACUACUGCAGGAAGGCUCCUUUGUCGCCAUGUCUGGACGCGGAAAACAAGGAGGCAAAGCCCGUGCUAAAGCUAAGUCCCGUUCCUCACGGGCUGGUCUGCAGUUCCCGGUAGGGCGUGUGCACCGGCUGCUGCGCAAGGGCAACUACGCGGAGCGGGUGGGGGCGGGCGCGCCCGUCUACCUGGCCGCCGUGCUCGAGUACCUGACGGCCGAGAUCCUGGAGCUGGCGGGCAACGCGGCCCGAGACAACAAGAAGACCCGCAUCAUCCCGCGGCACCUGCAGCUGGCCAUCCGCAACGACGAGGAGCUCAACAAGCUGCUGGGCAAGGUCACCAUCGCCCAGGGUGGCGUCCUGCCCAACAUCCAGGCCGUGCUGCUGCCAAAGAAAACUGAGAGUCACCACAAGGCCAAAGGAAAGUAAAGCUGCUGCAAAAUAAACCGGGUUGUUAAAUCCUCCAUGAAACCAAAGGCUCUUUUCAGGGCCACCCA